CUCAUUGUGAGUGGAUACUGGGAGACCCUCACUGCCUAUAGCCUGGUGUGAUUACUCACUGGGUGAUAGCCCUCUCUGUUGGGCAAGUUUCCUGCAGGUCAACAUGAAGAAGAAUGUUCUUGAGAUGCAGUUCAGGUAAAUGUACCACGCAGCUGUAACUGAGGACAGCUUCCAACAAGAAUCCUCUACCUAUUUCAGGAGACCGCCCAAACACCACAGACAGGACACAAGGUGUGAGGACAGAAGGACGUUCCAUGUUCUGCACUGCUGGCAACUUCCCUGGACGUAUGAGGGAGCUACAAGUAUACUCACUCGCUAACAUUCUCUGGUACUGACGGUCUAUCCGAAUAAUGGAGAGGAGCAUGAAGAAUGUUCUGGUGGUUGCUUGUGGAUUCCUCCUGCUUUUCACUGCCUACGGGGGCCUGCAGAAUCUGCAGAGCAGCCUCUACAGUGCGCAUGGCCUGGGGGUGGCAACACUCAGCACACUCUAUGGCUCUGUGCUGCUGUCCUCCAUGUUCCUCCCACCCAUCCUCAUCAAGAAAUGUGGCUGCAAGUGGACCAUCGUGGGCUCCAUGUGCUGCUAUGUGGUCUUCUCCCUGGGCAACUUCCAUGCCAACUGGUACACCCUGAUCCCUACCUCCAUCUUGCUGGGCCUGGGUGCAGCCCCUCUGUGGUCGGCUCAGUGUACCUACCUCACCGUCAUUGGGAAUCUGCAAGCAGAAAAAGUGGGAAAGCUGGGCAAAGAUGUGGUGAACCAGUAUUUUGGCAUCUUUUUCCUCAUAUUCCAAUCUUCCGGAGUGUGGGGCAACCUGAUAUCCUCGCUGGUGUUCGGCAAGAUGUCCAUGCAAGACGCCAUCCCAGAUGAACAGCUCAUGUCCUGUGGAGCCAAAGACUGCCUGAUGGGGCCAUCGGCCACCAACACCACCCAUCACCCCUCCCAGCAACUGAUCUACACACUGCUGGGCAUCUACACCAGCAGCGGUGUCCUGGCCAUCCUGUUGGUAGCCGUGUUUCUUGAGCCUGUGAAAGACAAACUAGAGAAUGAAGGAGAGACAAGGUCUAGACCUCUCUGGUCCACUUUACUGUCAACCUUCAUGCUGUUUAGAGACAAGCGUUUGUGCCUCCUGAUGUUCCUGCCGGUGUAUAGUGGGUUCCAACAAGGGUUCCUCUCUGGAGAGUAUACCAAGUCUUAUGUGACCUGUGCCCUGGGCAUCCGCUUUGUGGGCUACGUGAUGAUCUGCUUCUCGGCUAUGACUGCGCUGUGCUCCCUGCUGUACGGGAAGAUCUCCAAGUACACGGGCAGGAUCACACUUUAUGUGCUGGGGGCAGCCAUUCACUUCUCUUGCAUUGUGGUCUUCCUGCUGUGGCAUCCGAACCCAGCCCAGCUGCCUGUCUUCUUUGUCCUCUCUGGCCUGUGGGGAAUGGCUGACGCUGUCUGGCAGACACAGAACAAUGUUCUUUUCGGUGUCCUGUUUGAAGAGAACAAAGAGCCUGCUUUUGCCAACUACCGCCUUGGGGAAGCCGUAGGGUUUGUCAUUGCCUUUGGAUACAGCUCAUUUCUGUGUGUGAGCACCAAACUCUACAUUCUCUUGGGUGUCUUGAGUGUGGCCAUGGUCAGUUAUGGGACUGUUGAGUACCGGGAAUACAAGGCAGCUUCCAAGGUUCUUGCUGCAGAAGAGAAAAACCAGGCAGAAGAGGAAGGAACAAAAAUGUGAAUUAAGUGAUGGCUGAGUACCCAUCCUGGGGUCCAUGUAGCAGUGUUCAGGAGAUAGACUCGAUUCUUCGCAACUGUUUUGGCAAUAUGUGGAUGUUCUAAAGAUAA